UUUGGCGCUAAAACGUUUAUUUUAUAAUUUCCAGUGAGCCAUCCAUGUGAUCUGAAGGAUGCUACAAGACGAUCGGGCCUAUUCGGAGAUGGGUAGUUAUAUCCCCCCGUACUCCACGGAAUUCGGUUACGAUAUGGACCGCGAUCAACCGUUAUUUCCGGCUGAUUCACAGGGAAUUUCUAGUCCGGUAGACGGUAAACCCAAGAUUUUUCUCAUGGGACUUCGAAAGUUUGUUAUACAUAUGCAAUUGACAGUGAUAUUUCAGGAGCGGCAAGUCUUCAAUUCAGCGAGUUGUGUUCCAUAAAAUGGCCCCAAAUGAUACUCCCUACCUGGAAAGUACUCACCGGAUAGAAAAGAACGGUAGUUAAUAUUGUCGUUCAUGUCACGUUCCGUUUAGACGUUUCCGACUGUUCCUUCAUCAAAUUCCAGAUAUGGGAUUUUCCCGGUCAAUUCAACUUUUGCGACGUUCUAUUUCAGCCGGAGCUUAUAUUUAAAGCCUCAUGCGCUGUGAUAUUCGUAAUUGACGCACAAGAUGAUUAUCACGAAGCCGUAAACGAACUUCACAAAAUUUUGAAAAAGGCGCUUCAUAGCAAUAUGAACAUAAAGUUUGACGUCUUCAUCCACAAGGUGGACUGUUUGAAUGAUGACCAGAAGAUUGAUAUUCAACGGGACAUCUCCCAGCGGGUGAUGAGUGCCGCUGAGGACACGUACUGUGACAGCGGAGCCUCAAAUUUGUAUAUAGGCAGUGCACCGUCUCACUAUAGUCUGCCUGUUCUGUACAACGACAGAUUUCAUCUCACGACAAUAUAUGAUCAUUCCAUCUUCGAGGCCUUCAGCAAGGUGGUCCAGCGACUGAUUCCCUGUCUUGACGCGUUUGAAGAGCUUUUGGACAUAUUCAUUACGAACUCCAUGGUCGACAAAGCCUUCCUGUUCGAUGUAUCCUCCAAAAUCUAUUUGGCCACAGAUUCAUCCGUGGUGGACAUGCCCACAUACGAAUUGUGCUGUGAUAUGAUUGACGUCGUGGUUGACGUGGCCGCAAUUUACACUCCCCACUCUGAUCUUGUGGACCCCCCGUUCUCCGCACAAACUGGAGCAACAAUCAUGCUGAACAAUGACACUGUGUUAUACCUGCGUGGAAUUAAUCAAUACAUGGCUCUGGCAUGUCUAAUGCACGAAGAAUCGCUGGAAAAAAUAGGCACUUACUAUGCUGAAGUAGCUCUGCUGCGCUCGCACUCCAGAGAUGCGAACGAUUCAGAAAAUCCAGCUGUGCAGUUUGGUGUCGGCUUCCUACCCUCAGUAGGACUGAUUGAAUAUAAUUUCCAGAUAAUCAAAGACGGUCUUCAAAGGCUUCUCGAGGUCAGUCAACAACGCGUGCAGGAUGAGCAUGUGACUUUGCUGGCCCAACAGCAGCAGCGGCAACGACUACUGGAUGGGAUGCAUGACAAUGACCGAGGCGCUGGCAACUUUUCCGACAUUGAAUGCGAAGCUGUAGACGAAGAUGAUGACGAAGACGUCGGUCGCUUAGCUCUUGGGCCCACGGCGUCAAGAGUGCGCAAGCAACACUUUGAUCGACGUCUCGGGAACUCUGGUUAAAAUGACUGAUUUUAUUAUUUCCCUGCUUGUUUCAGUUUCCCAUUUGUGAAUAUGUGCUAUCAUUGACUUGUAAUUUCCCAUUUGCGUAUACUGUGUCGAUUUUGGUUAGUAGUAGAGAUAGAAUCAGUCUGAUUUCUCUAUCAUCGCUUCUUAUUUUCC